GAUGGAUUGUGAAAUGUAUGUUUUUCUAAGAACUCAACCGUUUUAGUGUUUCAAGCAAAGGGUUGAUGACCGGAAGCAGUUAGGCAGAGGACAUCUUGUCUUUCUCUCCAGAAAAAAAUGGGUGUGGAUUUCCUAUUAACUUUGUGUUGUUCUUAUGAGCAUGUCAUAAAUUAGCACUUAGUUACUAAGUAGUUAUUGAUGAUAGAUGUGAAUUUGAGUUGGGAAAUUGAGGAACUUCCCCUGCAUCAUGGCCCAAAGUUGAACUUGAUGGCUGCUUCUGACUUUUCCUUCUUCUUCUAGUGGAAAUAUCGCAGCAGAUGCCACCUAUGACGACAGUAUUUAGAAAUUGGUUGGAUGGAAUUUUUAAAGACAAAUUUCUAUUCGAAUGGUGCUGAUUUGUUGCGGUUGGAAGCCUUUGUAAACCAUAUUUGAACGUAAAUUAUUGCAUAUAUACUAUAUUAUUGAUUUCAUAUGGCAUUUAGAUCUUCAUAUCUAGUUUUUUAUUAUUCGACCAAGUUUGUCUUAUUCAAACCCUCAUCUUCAAUGAGUUUUUUAACUUUAUCUGAUCUUUAAGAUUCAUUUUUUUUUCUUAUAUAUGGUUGGAGACUUGGAGUUGGAAAUGGUAUGGGGUGGGCUUGGUCAAACAUAGAGGAAAAAUACUUAACGCGUUCUACUAUUCAAAACUCUUGGAUGAUGUUGCUGAUGGUCGACCAAUUAAGCACGUAUUGAGUGCAGUCAGCAUCGCCAAUUCAACUUUGGGUUCUAGGAAUAAUGUUUUUUAGAAAGUAGGUUCAGAGUACAAUCCAUAUAUGAUGCCUGGAAAAGUAUUGUCAGUUUUUAAACAUAUUGGUGUACCAUCUUUCUGAUUGUCCAUGUUCAAUAUGGGCUAUCUCUGUCUAAUUUCUAUUUUCAUUUUGUCCAUGUUAUGUUUCUGUUCCUUAAGUCAUGCCCAACAGCCUUAUGUAGGAAUGGCAACAACGGAUUGUAACAACGCAGAUACUUCAAAUUCUGUUCUUGGGUAUUCCUGUAAUGGCCUGAAUAGGAGUUGCCAAGCUUACCUCAUUUUCAGGUCUCUACCUCCUUUCGACUCUGUUGUUUCCAUCUCCACACUCUUCGCCUCAGACCCAUCUCAGCUUUCCCAAAUAAAUUCAGUUUCUGAGAUAGCAACAUUUGAGACAAAUAAAAUGGUGAUAGUUCCUAUCACCUGCUCUUGUUCAGGUCAGUAUUACCAGGCUAACACAUCUUAUGUUAUUAAGAGCGGAGACACUUAUUUGUUGAUUGCAAAUAACCCCUUCCAAGGCUUGUCAACCUGUCAAGCACUCCAGGAUCAAAACAGGAAUGUCAGUAAUAAUUUACCUAUUGGUACAAGAGUCGUUGUUCCUGUUAGAUGUGCCUGCCCCACAAAGAACCAAACUGAUGUGGGUGUUCAGUAUCUGUUGAGCUACCUAGUCAAGACGGGUGAUACUGUUGAAAUCAUUAGCACAAGAUUUGGUGUGGAUACUGGGAGGACUCUUGAAGCUAAUAGGCUUUCUGAACAAUCAACCAUUUACCCCUUCACUACACUUCUAGUUCCUUUGGAAAAUCCACCAGUGGAUUCUCAAACAAUAGAGUCACCGCCUCCACCUCCAUCUUCAACUUCUAAUUCUUCGUCCAGUGAAGGCUCAAAGAAAACAUGGAUUUAUGUUGUAGUAGGGGUCCUUUCAGGAAGUACUCUUUUAUUGAUUUUGGGGACCAUUAUUUACUGUAAGUGCUUUGCUAGAAGUAAUAACAAGGAGUCUGAUUCAAUUGUAGUCUCAAAGAGUUUUGAGGCACGUGAGAAACCAAUGAAGAAAGAGCUGGAUGAAGAAUCUCAGGACUUCUUGGACAGUAUGUCUAAUAUAGCUCAAUCUCUGGAAGUUUACAAUUUUAAAGAACUUCAAUCUGCAACUGAUAAUUUCAGCCCCAGUUGUUUGAUUAAAGGAUCUGUUUAUCGCGGCACAAUAAAUGGUGAUUUUGCUGCCAUUAAGAAAAUGAACGGAGAUGUGUCGAAGGAGAUAAAUUUGUUGAACAGGAUCAAUCAUUCUAAUCUCAUCCGCUUAUCUGGCAUUUGUUUCAAUGACGGCAAUUGGUAUCUGGUUUAUGAGUUUGCUGUCAAUGGACCCUUGAGUGACUGGAUUUUCGACAAUAAAAAUGAAGGGAAGCUUCUGAAUUGGGCACAAAGGAUACAGAUUGCAUUGGAUGUGGCCACAGGUCUCAACUAUCUGCAUAGCUUCACCAAUCCUCCUCAUGUUCAUAAAGAUAUAAAGAGCAGUAAUGUUCUUCUCGAUGGUGAUUUCAGGGCUAAAAUUGCGAACUUUGCUCUAGCAAGGCCAACAGAUGGGCAAGAAGGUGAGUUUGCCUUGACAAGGCACAUUGUUGGGACUAAAGGUUUCAUGGCUCCUGAGUAUUUGGAAAAUGGUCUAGUUUCCACAAAGCUUGAUGUCUAUGCAUUUGGAGUUCUGAUGCUGGAGAUACUCACAGGGAAAGAGGCUACUGCAUUAUAUGGUGAGGAGAAUAUGCAUUUAUCAGACGCCUUAAAUAUUGUACUAAACAAUGAAGAUGGACAAGAAAGUUUGAGGCACUUCAUUGAUCCUUCAGUGCAAGGGAACUACCCUCUAGAACUUGCCAUUUUUGUGAUCAGAUUGGCCGAUAGUUGUUUAAAGAAAAAUCCUGCACAUCGCCCUGCCAUGGAUGAAAUAGUGCAGUCUCUCUCGAGAAUCUUGAAGGCUUCACUGACAUGGGAAUUGCCAAACAACAUCACAGGCUACUAGGGUUGUAGCGGAAGCUCUUAAUAGAAGAAACUAAAAGUAGUUCUUGUAAGAUUUAGGAAAUUAGGUUCCCUUUUUUGUUUCCCUUCCUUCUGCUUUUAUGAUAUGUUAUUUUUAACUAAGACUGAAAUCUCGUUUCUUUUACUAUUGUAGUUUUUAUAUGUCUAAUGAAAUUUCAUCCAGAUUCUUGUAAUCUCAUUGAUUUCAGGUCAAAUCCAAAGGGUUAUUCUUCUAGAUGUAUGAGUCAUAGGCUCAUAGCAAUUAGAUAGCUUGUUAUAAAAGAUUGUGAAAGUUUUAAUAAGCAUGUCUUUAUUCCUCAUUGGAUUAUGAAUUUGUAGUAAACUGAUUUAAAGAUGAUAGUUGUGAGUUGAAGUAAAACAUUAUACAGCUUUGAUGAAUUUUCCCUGCAUCUUGGCUUAAAGUCAAAUUUGAAGGCUGCUUUUUUCUGUUCUUCCGGCUAAUGUCAGCAGUCAGCAAUCAGCAAUGUAAAAAAUAUUUUAAAGAGUGCUUGGAUGAAGUGAGAUAACAAAUUACAACCCAAAGUGGUUCCGAAUCAUAUUUGAAUGCAUUUUCAAUAUGUUAUGGACCUGACCAAACUUCUAUGAAGCUCAAUUCCUUGGCGUUAAGAACAAACAUGCUAGAAGAUGAUAG